CCCCUCUGUGGGUUCCAGCCUGUUUGUAUUACUCUUGCUGCAACUUAAGACGCCUGCGGUGGAGAGUAAGGAAAAGGAAAAGAUCGUUAUUUUCAACAAUCCCCAGGUACCAGAAGCACAGAAGACUGAUAGCAUUCCAGCUACCUACGUGAGCCCAGGGCUGGCAGCUUCCCAUGUGUCCCUUGCAGACAAGGUGCUCACUAAGAUGAGGGAUCUUCUUCAGUAUGUCGCCUGCUUCUUUGCGCUUUUCUCUACUGGCUUCUUGGUUGUGGCCACCUGGACAGACUGUUGGAUGGUGAAUGCAGAUGAUUCCCUGGAGCAGCCAAGUCCUCCCUUUGAUCAAGAGGAAUCAAAGUGUGUCUGCAUGAAUUGUUUCACAUGGUGUCUUCUCCAACAUCUAGUGAAGCUGGUAGUAACGCGGGCACUGAUGAUUACUGCAGAUGUUCUAGCUGGAUUUGGAUUUAUUACCCUGCUCCUUGGUCUUGACUGUGUGAAAUUCCUCCCUGAUGAGCCAUACAUCAAAGUCCGCAUCUGCUUUGUUGCUGGAACCACAUUACUAAUAGCAGGUGCCCCAGGAAUCAUUGGCUCUGUGUGGUAUGCUGUUGAUGUUUAUGUGGAGCGUACUUCUCUGAUUUUGCACAAUAUAUUUCUUGGCAUCCAAUACAAAUUUGGUUGGUCCUGUUGGCUUGGAAUGGCUGGGUCUCUGGGUUGCUUUUUGGCUGGUGCUGUCCUCACAUGCUGCUUAUACCUCUUUAAAGAUGUUGGACUUGAGAGGAACUAUCCUUACUCCAUGAGGAAGGCCUAUUCAACUACAGCUGUUUCGAUGGCCAAGUCGUAUGUGGCCCCUCGGACACAGACUGCCAAAAUGUAUGCUGUAGACACUAGGGUGUAAAGUGACACAUGCUGGUCUGUGUGUAUUUGUUUCUUAACGAAUAACUCAAUAUGUUCAAGUUCAAUAAGAGCGGACAAAUUCGGGAACACUUCUUUAGACUCCACGUUGAGCUAAAUUCAUUGCUUAGCUUAAUCAAAAAGUUUGAUUCUCCUAUCACUUCUUCUCAACUAUUCUUAAAUUCUUCCAGUCUUUCACCCUCCCUCUCUCACACAAACAUACACACGUUUUCCCUGCAUCUUAAGAGAAGGUUGCAGGAAUAUAAAAGUGUUUGUUGUGAUUUCUAUUUUGCUAUUAGAGAUAGUGACAUGGAGAUAUUAAAAUAAAGUGGCACUUGAAGAAUAGAAAGCGACUUUCAAAAGAGGCCAGAGAUUCUAAUCUAUGAAGGGAUUGACAAGGUCUUAGCUCUUUCCCUGGCUUUCAGCUCACUUUUUGUAUUCUUAACUGAGUGAGUUCUGUGAAAACUUUUAAGAUGUCUUGCAGUUUCAAGUCAGUAUAUCAAAGCGUACCAUUGCUCUGAUUCUGUUAAAAUAGAAAAAGAAAAUAGCUUCAUGGACCAGCCACUGGUGGGGGUUGAAAAUAAAAAGGUCCCUCUCCAUGCUCUAAAGGUCAAAAGCAAAUGCUAAAUUAAUCCCGGAGUCAGUGCUAACUUUCUUUUUCAUUAACAACAGAGGUCUGUGUGUUAUUUUAUCACUACUCUAAAUUUGCCUGUAUAUUGUCGAAUAUUAACAUAUGGCAGUUGUAGCUAAACCAGGGAGUUCACUUAGUGUUGACUGACUACUGAGCAUCCCCAUUUCAAGAAUGUACCAUAUUAGAAUUCACCAGUUCAGGUGCUCUCUCGCCACUGGAUCCUCUGCACCCAGCCAAGGGGCUGUCAGAGGAUAAAAUGUUACAAAUAUUUGUUACCUGAAAGAAAUAAUGCUCAUAGCUCUCUACUAAUAAAAUCAAUUUUCCUCACAAAGUAUGUGCUUGUUGAAAAACAAUAGACUUAUAUACAUGCUUAAAGAAAUCAGUGAAUGAUUGCUAAUGGGAUUUUAUUCAUAUUCAUACUAUAACCCUUCAAUGUUUUAUUAUUAUUUUUUAUUUUUAUUUUUUUAUUUGAGGAGUGUGCACAUAUUCCAUAAUUAUUGUUAAUUACAACAAUAAUAAAAACUCCAUU